GCAGAGUUAGCAAGUCAAUAUCAAAGAGGAAAAUUAAGAUCUACAAACUCAAUCCUCUCUCUCGAUCUUUUUCAAAACUCAAGAACUUUGAGAACUAUUGGGCUAUUUUUUUUUUAAUUUUCGAGCAUUUUUAUUUAAGUGUUAAGUAAAUCAUUAAUCAUUUAAACUGAAAGAGAAAAUGACUCACACCCAUGACCCAACCAAGCAUUACAUUAUUUACGUGUGAUGUGGGUGGGUUGAGUUGAAUGAUUGCGGAUGAUGGUGGCUGGUUGGAUUCGGUGGGUUUACAACAUUAAUUUCGUAUGAUCACAUAAUUUCAAUAGUUUGAAACUUAAAAUGAAAGAAAUUUUCAAACUUUAUAAUUCUUGAUCCAUAAAUUAGGUGAAUAAUUUAUUUCACAAUAUUGGUAUUGGUAAUUGUCGGUAAAUUACAAAAUAUUCAUCUGACAACACAUGGUUGAAGCCUGAUAAUAACUAAAGUUAAAGAAAACACUAGGCGUCAAAACGCCUCACCCCUUGUACAAACUACUAUUUAUGCUUCUACACUAUAGGAGAACAGGUGUCUAGUCACGAUAUCUUAUUCACGGUAGUGUUUCCCGUACUUAGAGGUAUAUUGAAACCUCAAAUUGUUGAACCAUUAUGCGCCCAAUAAUUUCCACUUUUCCUCCAUGUGGCAAGGAACGGCAUGCGGAUCAAUAUUCUUGCAGAAAGUGGGAAAUGCUUAGCGUUGAUGAUGGUGGCGUUAUGAUGACAACUUUGGAGUGGGGGAAUAAGAAAGAACAGCAGAAUAGCAGUUCUAAAUGCGAAUGCGAAUGCUCGCCGAAGGAGGACAUGUGCCGAAAAAAAGCUUGACAAGGUCACAAGGCAUUUGAAGAACAUAUUCUUUCCCCUGUAAAAAAAAGCUUGACAAGUUAGUCGAAAAAAAGAUAGCUCGAAUAUAAUGAAAAUAUUAUUGAAGAUGCGGUUAGUAUCUCAAUACGGGUAGGAAUUCGCGGUUAAAUUGCUAAUCACAUCGGAAUGAUACGGUUAGUGAUUAACCAUCGACCGAAAGAAUAGUCUAUUUUACGAUCGCGGUUAGCAAUACUGCAUGUUUCAUAGUUUGUGAUUUUCCAACCGCAACGGAAUAACAUGUAAUCAUGUAAUCGCAGUUUAAUCGGAUACUAACCGUCAAACACAAUCAAUCAUGAAAAAUAAACAACGCAAAACACUAGAUUUACGUGGUCUCCCCAACGUAUGAACGAUGGGACUAGUCCACUGCACAAGGCGAUUGAUAUGUUAUUAAUUAUGUAGUGUUCCACCGAAUAGAACCCACAUACACACGGAUUCAACUACACACACAUAUAUAUAAGUGGCUUCUAUUGUAUCUUGGGUAAAAUCUAGGGUACGUCAUACAUUGAGUGAGGAAACACUAUCUAGACCUCGAAUUAACCGGAUUUUAGGGCAUGAUACCCUAACCCUUGAUGAGUGAUCCUAGGUCUUAGUUAUCUAAAUCAUAGAGCCUAACCCCUAAGAUUGUACAUGUAAUUUGUUGCAUAUAUUUCGAAGAAUCAUGACCGUCGAUUUUCGUUUCUAAUUAACUUGAUCUUAGUGUAUGAGAUUUAUAGAAUUAAGACCUAGAUUUUAAUCUUUGAGAGUUUAGGAAUAGUACUUGAUGCCAAACUCCGGUCAAUUCAAGGUAUAGAUAUUAUUUUUUUACUCAAGAUAUGUCAUACAUUUGAUUUUACCCAAGUUGAAGUUACGAUAAAACCACCCAUAUAUAUAUGGUGGCUACUUCGGUGCACUCACUUUUUUGGAUGCACUCAGUGCACCCAACUCUAAAAGCGUCCAUAAUACAUCAAAUUUUGAACUUUAAUUAGUACUCUCAAUCUAAUAUGAUGAUAUGACAUAAAAUCAUAACAAAUCAAUCCAUUACCCUAACCCCCUUAACCUUCAAUUUUGAAUCCCAAUCCAAAAUCCCAAAUUAUAAACCUAAACCCUGACCCUAAAUCCCUAAAUCCUUCGAAUUAAAGUUAAUUUUGAAUGAAUUUUUUUUUAAAUUCAUGUGCUUCUUGUUCAUAAUAUCAUAAGCAACAAUUGAUACCAUUUUGACAUGAACCGCAUGGUCAGAAUGAUAAUUAUGAGGCAGGUGCACUGAGUGCACCCGAAAAAGUGGGUGCACCGAAUACUCCACCAUAUAUAUAUAUAUUGACAUGUCUCUUAACCCUACUCCAUUUCACGACUCCUCGACUACAUAGUAGUCUACCCGAUUCUCGUAUGAAUAUGAUAAAACUCAAACUAUAUUAAAUAAGAUAAUAAAUAUGAACUAUCUGACCCCAACCCUCCGAACUAUUGCCAUCCAAGACGAGACUAAUCAGACCAAUGUGAAAGGAGGAAUCCAUGCCUUUGCAUUUCGCGUUUUUGGGAACUACCACAGGAUUAUACGAAACCAGUUAGCACUGCCCAGAAAAAGGAACACACUAGCACACUUAUGACUCAUGCUUCCAACAAAUUAACUUGACUCCUUCAUUGGGAAACAUAUCUAUCAACGUAUAAAAUGAUAGAAGAUAGGAUCAGUGAAAAGCCUUUCUACAUUGCAUAAAUCAAGGUUGUUCCAUUUUAGUGCUAACAACCGUAUUUAUGUACUUCUAGUAUUGAAAGUCUACGUCCACCUUUCAUUAAUUUCCGCAAGAAUUGUAAAAUCGUAUUUGAAAUUGUACUGAAAAAGGUCAACAAUACAGUAUUUUGUAUUGAAACAGUGAGUUAAUUAUUUCAUAUCGUUGAAAUCAACUAACGGUUGCGACUUCGAUAAAUAAUUUUUUUUCAAUCGCACUGCCGGUGUAGUACGGAUAUUACAUAUUUUGUGUUGUUACAUGUUACGAGUGAGAAGGGUUAAUCACUAAUCAGUAAAGACGACGAGCGAAUUUCAUCUAGAAGCCCACAGUCCAAUCUAGGUCCCGUCCAAAUCCGGUCCAAACCUGAUCCAGUGGGCCAAUCUACAGCCCACUCCUUUUCACGGUAGUAGGAGUCAAGACAAACUCAAAACGCUCCUCCAAAUUUCGAAUGAGGAGUUGCAGAGCGCGAAAUUUGAAGCUCUCUCUCUCUCUCUCUCUCUUCCCCAGUAAUUAACAAUUGGUUUUGGCUCUACUGAUUUCGAGUUUGAAAUCUCUCCUCUUCCUCCUUUUCUUUUGUCCGUGUCUUGGGAAGAGAAGAAGAGAAGGUCCAUUCUCCAUUCCCAACAGCAACUUGUUCCUUUUCUUUUCUUUCCUCGCUCCUUUUUGUCAAUUUCUAUGCAUUGUUAUUAGCGUUCCUAAUCUCACCCCUCUUCUCUCUCUCUCUCUCUCCAUUUGAAAUCACUAAACCAGAGGGCUCAGGUGGCCACCGAGAAAAGAAGAAGAAGAAUGGCUUCGUAGAAAGUUGCGGAAGAAAAUGUAAUCAGACGACGGAAACCAUGCAAAGCCGUCGUCUCUUCCUCUUUCAACUUGCUUUGAUUCCGGUACUGCGUUAUUCCUAGUCCGACUUUGUUUCAAGUGUUAGGGUUUGCUGUUAGUACUGAUUGGGAUUAUUUGUUCCGGAUCAGUAUCCGCAGCAAUAGCUAGAAGCAUAAUUACGUUUUUCGUUACCGAGUAGCAUUGUGUUUGGCUUCUGAGAUAGUUCAUAGUGUUGGUGAAGAUAGAAACUUUUGGAAUUAGGGUUUAAAAUUCUGUAUUUACAUUGUCUUUUUGGUGAAUUAGAAACUCUGGAGUUUAUGGUUUAACAUUGUUAUGAUGCUAUUCGCAGAGUUAGUUUGUUGAAGUACUGAGAAAAGGAGGAAAGGAUGAACUACAGACGGAGUGGUUCCGUUCUUUAGAAGCGCUUUUGGAUAGUAUUCGGGAUUUGGGCAACGGGGUGCAGUUCAAGAUGAAGGCACAUACGGUAGCAAGAGGGAGAGGAACUUCGAGGGUCACAUCGCAGCAGUCUAAUUUCGAGCUGAAGCACAAAGUGGUGCUUGCACUGAACAAGCUUGCGGAUCGUGACACCUGCCACUUAGGCGCGGACGAGCUUGAGAGAGUGGCUGAAUCUCUAACCCCAGAUGGGAUUGCGCCGUUCCUGUCGUGUAUACUGGACACUGAUAAGGAGCAAAAGAGUGCAGUUAGGAAGGAAUGUGUUAGACUGAUUGGUAUGGUGGUGACAUUUCAUGGGAGUUUUGUCGCGCCACAUCUUGCUAAGAUGGUUGGUAGCGUCGUGAGGAGGCUUAAGGAUUCGGAUUCGGUUGUGAGGGAUGCGUGUGUUGAGACGAUGGGUGUUUUGGCUUCUACGGUUAGUAACCAUGGGGAUGAAUCUGAUGGGGAUUUUGUUGUGUUGGUGAAGCCCCUUUUCGAAGCUUUGGGUGAACAGAAUAAAUACGUGCAGUCGGGUUCAGCAUUGUGCUUGGCUAAAGUCAUUGACAAUACUCAGGAUCCUCCAGCUCCCAUUUUGCAGAGGAUGUUGACUAGGAUUAUGAAGUUGCUUAAGAGUCCACACUUCAUGGCUAAACCAGCAGUGAUUGAGUUGACUAGAAGUAUUCUUCAGGCAGGUGGUGCACCAUCGCAAAAUGUUUUAGCUGCUGCAAUGACUAGCAUCCAAGAAGCUCUAAAAAACAGUGACUGGACCACACGCAAGGCAGCUUCCGCAGCUCUAGGAGAAAUUGCUGAUGGUGGCGGGUCUUGCUUGGGUUCUUUCAAAGCUUCCUGCAUUCGAUCCCUAGAAUCAUGCCGUUUUGAUAAAGUGAAACCUGUUAGGGACAGUGUACUUCAUGCCAUACAGUACUGGAAAAGUCUUCCUGGGACUGAUGCUCCAGAAGCUUCUGAAACGGGGUCCUCUAUCAAAGAAAACUUUUGUGGAGGUGAGUACAGUGACAUCACAAGUACCAGUGGUUCUGCACAGAAAGAUGUCAUAAUAAUGAAUAAAGUUGUAACAGACCCAACUAAGAGAAGGAUUCCUUUGUCCGUAAAGAGAGGGUGCCAGAAUUACACAGACUCGCCACAGUCUAAAUCAGACGAUUGGCAUAUUGAAAUCGCAGUUCCUAAACAUCAUGAUUUGCCUUUGCCGGAUCAUCAGAAUGAGGAAUCUGAGGGUAGUAGCUCUAUUACGAGGACUUUAGAGAGAACGAGCAUUGACAUUUGCAGUGCUCCUGAUGUUAGCUGUGAAUAUGUGCCAAUGGAUGACAAACAGGACUGUUUUUCAGCGUCCAAGAGAAGUUCAGUUCAUCACGACUCUCUCGAGAGUGGUGCUCUACUGAAAGUAAUGGGAAGACGCCAGCAUGUUGCAGCUGCAGGGAUGAAUACUGAAGACGUGUAUUGUGUAAACGUUCAAGAUCGUAGAAGUCUUGAUUCCACAGUUACUGAAUCUAGCUUCCAGCCUUCACAUGGAUGUUGCUCACAUGUGGUGAGUGAAGUGGCCUUAAUUAGGAAACAGCUUUCAGAGAUUGAGAGUAGACAAGCGAACUUGAUGGACGUGCUGCAGGAAUUCACAGCUGGGAUAAUGGAGAACAUGUCUGGUUUAAAGUCUAAAGUGUCAGGAUUAGAGCAUGAAGUGGAUCGGAUAUCUAGCUUUCUUGUGCAAGGAGCUAGGCAUUCAGAAUCAGCUGUUUCCCGGAUUAUGAAGCAGAACCAAAAUGGUUCCUCUCCUAGAUGCACACCCAGGCCAUCUAUUGAUAUUCUAUCUAGGCAGCCUUCACAUUUUUCCGUUAAGCACACUGAUAUUUGGGAUGGUUGUAGAACUAGAUCGAGAAAUUCAGUAUCAGCCAAUCAAGGUAUAGAAAUCAGCCCUAAUACUAGUGCAGUUGCUACUAGGAACCUUACAGGGAAAGGGAUGCUGAAAAGUUCUGGUAGAGGUUCCCAGAGCACCGUUCCAAAUGUCAAGAAUGGCAGCAAGCAAAGUGUGAUGGAGAAUCGGAACUUCUAUUGGGAACGUGUAAAAGAUUUUAUGUGUGAAGGCGACGUGGACUCUGCAUAUGCUGAAGCUCUUUCUUCUGGCAAUGAACUUAUUCUAGUCGAGCUUAUCAAUAGGACUGGUCCUGUACUGGAAUGUCUUUCCCGUCAAACCAUGAAUGCAGUUCUUACAAGUUUGGCUUCGUACUUCUUGGAGCAGAGAUUUAUCAACUCCAUCAUACCCUGGCUGCAUCAGGUUGUGGAGCUGAGCUCAAUCCAUGGACCAGAUUAUCUUGGUCUCUCUUCUAAAGGAAGAAGAGAAUUCCUGUCUGCGAUUCAGGAGGCAGUCGGUGUGGGAUUCUCGAACCCUGCUGAAAGAAAAUCUGUCACUCAGCUUGCAGCAAAACUACAGCAACUGUGGGGAAGGAACCCUUGACAUCUCCAACUGGAUCAACUCAAAUUCUAAUUUCUCUGGCCCGCCCUUGCUGUUCACUGGGUAACCGUCUGCUUGAGCUCUUGCUGUCGGCUGCUGCCAUUUUCUUCAACGUUUUCUGUUUUGUUCUGCAAGUGGUGGCGCUCUGUUGCCUUAGCUUGAUGUUACAGUUUCUGUCGAAUUAUGUUAUUGAUGCCGGUGUGAUGGAUGAAUCCCGGUGCUUUGCUUGUGAAGUUGUGUUAUUAGUAAAAUGCAGAUGAAAACGACCUUUUUAACCCCCGAAGAGAGAACAAGGGAAAAGUUAGAAAACACAAUACACCAUCAACUUAGAACCUCUUCAUCAACAGUUGUCGGCCUUAAUAUUCUAGUCUCGCAUGGCAACGAGUCCGAUUGAAUAUAAAUGUAGAGGAAACUU